AUGGCUUCCAGAAGCUUAGGGGAAGAUGAAAUUACGCAGUACCUCUUUGAUUAUGAGGCUAGUGAGGAUGGAUUUGAUGGUGACGAUGACAGCGUUGCGGACCCAUCUUUUAUUCCCGAUCUGGAGUCCCCCUUUGAAGAGGGACCUUUUGAAACGGUUGAAGGAUCGAGUAUCGACGGAAUUAUUGAGAACCUUGAGCACGAUGUAAGUACUUCUCAACACCUAGACACCACGGAACCUUCUCUUAAGCCAGGACCGUCGGUACGUCGUCAAAGCAAGCCUAAACUUAAUGUACGCUGGAAAAAGAAGAACCUGGAACUAAAUGACCACCAGAUCCAUUUUACGGGCGAUGAAACCUUGCCACCAGAGUUUUUAGACCUCAAUAGUCCUAUCCAGUUCUUUUUUAAACUUUUUCCCAAAGAAUUGAUUGAAGAAAUUGCCAAUCAAACUAAUCUGUAUAUUGUUCAGAAAGAUCCGAGUAUGGCUUUUCGUGUUACUGAAACUGAUAUACAACAAUUUAUCGGACUUGUAUAUAUUAUGUCGUUAGUACAUCUUCCAAGGGUAACAAAGCAUUGGAGUGGUAAUUUAGGAACACCCCUGGUACAAAAUACAAUGCCAGUUAAUAAAUUUGAAAAAAUCAGGCGUUUCAUACAUUUCAAUGAUAAUUCAAAAAAUGUUCCUCGCGAUCAUCCUAACCACGAUCGAAUUUUUAAGAUUAGACCGGUCGUAAAAAAAUUAAAUGAUAUCUGCCAAAAUGUGCCAUAUGAAAAGUAUCUUUGUAUUGAUGAGCAAAUUUGCUCUACCAAAGCAAGACACAAUUUGAAAAGAUAUAAUCCUAAAAAGCCGAAUAAAUGGGGUUACAAAAUCUAUGUCCUAAGUGGUGUAAGUGGAUUUGCAUACAAAUUUGAGCCGGAAACAGGAGCAGAAAAUAAAGUUGAGUUUACUGAGCCUGAUUUGGGUGCUGCAUCAAAUGUUGUUGUCAGACUUUCACGUGAAAUACCUCGAAAUAAAAAUUACCGCUUAUAUUUCGACAAUUAUUUUACGUCUUUGUCACUCUUGGAAUACCUGUCUAAACAAGGCAUACUAAGUCUUGGUACCAUCCGACGUAACCGAAUACCAGACUGUAAACUGCCAACGGAUAAAGAGAUCUCAAAAAAAGAACGUGGCUACUCGGUGGAGUACGUUGGUAGCGUCGAAGGAACGGAGAUAUCCACAGUCGCCUGGAAAGACAAUAAAGUUGUUACACUUGCAUCAAGUUUUGUGGGUGAGCUACCCAAGUCACAAGUCACAAGGUACGACAAGGUGAAUAAAAGAUAUAUGACCAUUGACUGCCCAAAGAUAGUUGGGGAAUAUAAUCGCCAUAUGGGCGGCGUCGAUUUGAUCGACAGCAUAAAGGCCUAUUCAAACCUGAGCGAUAUUCGCUGCCACUGUGGGUAG